AUGGACUCCGCCCCUCCUCUUCCCAAGCUCACCCACGACUACCUUAUAGCCCCGCCCCCUCACCUGUUUCAACAGUUUUAUUCUAACCUGGCUUUGCUCUUCUCCUGGGCUUGGAAGGGACAAUUUAGGAGGACUGACGGCUGCAUCUUUUUGUGGUUGGGUAUCACCUGGAAUUAUCUCCACGCCAAAAAGGGAACUAUUUCAGAAACUAACUGUUGGAUUGGACCUCCGAAGCAGAGGGAAAAAGGAGGUUGUGGUCAAAGCGGGGCGGGUUUACCCACCUGUAACAUCUCUGUGUCAGGCUGCAGCACAGCGGGGACCACAGCAGAAGGUUAA